AUGCGGUUUAGGAGGAAGGGCAAGUUGAGUCCUCGAUACAUUGAGCCAUUUGAGAUCCUGGAGAGGAUAGGUCCAGUUGCUUAUCGGGUAGCCUUACCCCCAACCUUAUCUAGGGUGUAUGAUGUGUUUCACGUGUUGGUGUUGAGGAAGUACGUGCUAGAUCCGUUGCACGUGAUCAGUUAUGAGUCUUUAGAGGUCAGUGAAGCACUAGCUUAUGGUGAGGUACCGGUUCAGAUUUUGGAUCAGAAGGUACGAAAGUUGUGUACCAAGGAGGUAUCAUUAGUAAAGAUGCUACGGUGUAACCACGCGAUUGAGGAGGAUUCUUGGGAAUUAGAGGCCAAGAUACGUCAUAAGUAUCCUCAACUAUUUAGAGAUGUUCAGAGUUAG